AUGCGUGUCCCCAUCCGCCAACAAAACCUCCCCAAGUCACACAUCGACGUAGCCUCACCAACCGACGAGUCGACAGUUACCCUCCUCUGGGCACAGCUUCUCAUUCCCGGAAAAGGCGAGCCCAUUCAAAAUGGAGCGCUCGCCAUACGCGGCGGCAAAAUCGAAUGGGUAGGCUCCUUCUUAAACCGCCCCUACAAGUACCGCGAUAUCAGGCCUACAUACGUCCAUGUUCUCAUGCCAGGAAUGUGGGAUUGCCACGUCCACUUCCUGGCUCUCGAUGUCGCGACCUCUGUAUCUGGACUGAUGGGUUUUCUUCCCGGGUUCAGCGCCUUGGCAGGUGCCGUAACGGUGGACGACUUGAAGGCCACGUUGAAUGCUGGAUAUACAUCUGUCCGCGAACUCGGCGGCUACGGAGGUGACGUGUGGCCCGCUGUAGAGAAUGGACCGCUCGUAGGGCCAAAUAUCUACUCUGCUAUUGGGAUCAUGUCCAUCACCGGCGGACACGGCGACGAGCACAACACACCAUUGACGACUGUCAUCGACGCAAUGACCUACGGCAGCGUACCGCUCGCUGUAUGUGACGGCGUAGAAGAAUGCACAAAGAUGGUGCGAAGAAUGGUCCGCCGUGGCGCCCGCGUCAUAAAGGUCUGCUCCAGCGGCGGUGUCCUCAGUCUCAACGACGACCCUGAGGACAGGCAAUUCUCCGACGAGGAACUCAAGGCUAUUGUUGAAGAAGCUGGGCGCAGUAGACGCGCCGUUGCCGCCCACGCUAUUGGCAAGGCAGGAAUUCUAGCUGGUCUCCGGGCGGGCGUGAAGACCAUCGAGCACGGCAUGUACAUUGACGAAGAGGUCGCGGACAUCAUGGUCAAGCAAGAUGCCAUCUUUGUGCCCACGCAGCAUAUCGUGCGUGUCCUGGCCGCCGAUUACAUGGACCAGCUUCCCGAGGCGAAUAAGCGGAAGCUGCUGGGUCUGAUCGACAAGUCCAAGGAGUCGUACAAGAUUGCGAUUAAGAAGGGCGUCAAGAUUGCGCUGGGCACGGACAUGGCGAGCAGUGACCGCAAGUCGAGGCUUUCGCAUGGUCAUAAUGCGAAUGAGCUGGCGUACGCGGUUGAGCUGGGCAUGACGCCGCUGCAGGCUAUUGAGAGUGCUACGGCGAAUGGACCGCUCACGCUGGGUGGUCUUGCGCCGCUGAGUGGGCAGUUGAAGGAGGGUUAUGAUGCUGAUAUUAUUGCUAUCAAGAAGAACCCGUUGGAGGAUAUUGGCGUGCUUGCGAACCCGGAUAAUGUUACGCAUGUUUGGAAGGGGGGCAAGUUGUUCAAGUCGAUUUCGGAAUGGAUGCCUGCUGCGUAA